AUUUUUGAGAGAUUAUUCAACUGAAGAUCAAUAAAAUCGAUAGCUGAAUUAUAUGUAACUUUACAAAUCAAUUAAAAAUUACACAAAUUUAUUCUUAAAAAUAUAAACAAAUUUCUAAAACUUUAAUAAAACAAAAUGGCCAAAUUAACUGCAUUAGCAUGCGUUAGCCAAAAUGAUAUUUGUUCCUUGCGCAUAGUCUGCACAAUGGCUCGUGAUAAGAAACAUGAACUGGAACAGUCGGAUUACUACGGCAAUACUGCCUUAUUAAAGGCCUGCUAUUUGGGCAGUUUGGAGGCGGUUAUAACCCUUUUACAAUUUGGUGCCGAUAUCAAAGCUGUUAAUCAUUAUGGUCAAAAUGCUUUAACCUUAGCCACUUGUAGCGGUAAUAUAAAAUUAAUUUGUGAACUUUUACGUUGUUGCUCCUAUAAGGAAUUUAAUAAAACCACUUUGACACCUGCUCUGUGCGUGGCAACGUUGCGGCAAAAUUGGCAAUUAGUUAAAUUUUACAAGGAACUGGAUCGUUAUAACAGUGAGGAUAUACAAACAGCACAUGGUUUAAAUUACGAGGAUAUUAUGGGCUUUUUAAAAUUACGCAAUUCAAACACAUGUCAUCAGCAUCAUCACCAAAAACAUAUGCAUAUUUAAGUGUUUCUUUUCUCUCUCUUUUUUUAUCCCAAAUUUAUUAUUAUCAUUACAAUUAUUGUUAUUAACAUUAUUAUUACUUUGGCUUAUUUUGUGGCUUGUAGUAGAUAUUUAGAUAUUAUUCUUUUUAUGUUCAUUUUUUGUGUUUUAUUUAUUGCGUAGCAUUUAGAUGAUGAUUAUCGAAUGUGUUUGUGUUUCCU